AUGCACAUUUUGGGCCUGGAUGUUGAUGUCAAAUAUGUCGACCUGUCCAAAAAGGAACAACUGAGCGAGGAGUUUCUCAAGUUGAAUCCAUUCCACACGGUUCCAACGUUGGUGGACAACGGUGUUCCGGUGUACGACAGCCAUGCCAUUCUGAUCUAUCUGGUGUCCAAGUAUGGAGAGGAUGCAAAGGAUCUCUACCCCGAAGAUCCGGUCGUUCGAGCUCGCGUCAUCGCUUGGCUUCACUUCGACUCCGGAGUUUUGUUUCCCCGACUACGUGGAGCUCUGGAGCCUGUGUUCUACUUUGGAAUGAAGGAGAUUCCCCGAGAACGGAUGGAUGCUAUUGAACAGGCGUACAAUCUGUUCGAGGGAGCUCUGAGGGGUGAUUUCCUGGUGGGAGGUUCCUUGACGUUGGCGGAUAUCAGCGUGACCACUACUUUGGUGUCCUUGAACGGGACAGCAGCGAUGACUGAGUCCAAAUAUCCGAAAAGCUGCGCUUUUCUGAAACGAAUGGAACAGACGAUGCCUUGCUACAAGGAGUACAACGCUGAUAUUUUAGAAGAAACCAAGGCACUGAUAAAAGAGAAGCUGGAGGAAAAUAAGUAGGAAAUAAAUAAGUUUAUUUCGAACAGUUCAUCAAACCUA